GUUGAGCUCGUGGAAAAGCUAAAUAAUGUAGCAAGAGGAAAUGGAGAGUAUAGAGAAGUUGAUGUCAGCACACUAACACAUGAAGAUAUUACAUAUAUUAUCAAGUUUGUGAGAAAACACAGUCAGACACUCCAAGAGAAAGGAAUAGAUACACGUCAAUAUAGCGUUGUGACGCUCCUUGCUGGUUCUACUAAUUCAGAUAACGCAAUACAAUCGUUCAAAGUAGGUAACUGGAGGAUAUAUGCUCAAUUAACACCAGAACAGAGCACGGAAUAUGAUGAGAAUAUGAAGAAGAUCAAAGAUGAGCUCAAUAGAAAGGCUUAUCUUGAGAUGGUCGGAUCUUCUCUAUUUCCUCAAGACGAGCAGAAGCGCAAGAGGAAGUCUGUAUACAAGGAGACGAAGGAUGAGCUACAAGUAAUUACAUCGGUGUUGUUUAGCAUGGUAGCUGUAGCAACUGCUAUAUGGUGGGCCGGUGGUACGAUGAAUCCGACAUAUAAAACAUUACUGGCGAUGUUUGGUGCUAUCGCAAUUGCAAUAGUAGAGACAGCGCUGUAUGUCAUAAUACAGAUGCGCAAAAGCGAGACUGGGAGGGAUACAGAGGAGAGAAAAAAGAAAUCACAGUAGAAUGUAUGAAUAAACUGUUGUAUGAAUAUUUUAUAUCGUCAAUCGAUGAUCAUCUGACCC